AUGCACGCGUGGAACACCACCCCCGCCGAUGGGAACAGCAGCGGGCCAAGUUUGGGAGACGUAGAGCGGGUCCUGGUGCCCAUCCUGGACGUCCUGAUCUGGGUCCUGGGCGUGAGCGGACACAGCGUGGUGGUGCUGAUCUUGUGCGGAAGACGACGGGCCUCUUCUCCCGGCUCCUCCCCCCACAACUCGGUCACCGGCACCGGGACGGACAUCUUGCUGUUGGCCUUGAGCGCCGCGGACCUGCUGCUGCUCCUCAUGCUGCCUUUCCACACGGCGGCCAUCGCGCUGCAGCACUGGCCUUUUGGAGACGCCAUGUGCCGUUUGGUGGGAUUCCUCGGCUCCGCUUGCUCCUCUGCAUCCGUCUUCACGUUAGCCGCUUUAGCAGUUUCGCGCUACCUCACUGUCGUCAAGCCGGCGAAAGCGUUUUUCCUGCUCUCCCCAAAGCGCGUGUCUUUGGUCACGUGUCUCCUCUGGAUCCCCGCGUGUGCUUUAGCCGCGCCACAGCUAGUUUUCCGAUCCGUAGGGACUCCCAGAACCACUCCCGAUGCUUUAGUCUGCUUCUCCUUCUUAUCCCACAGAAAUCAGAUGAUCUACGGGCUCGUCCACUUUGUCGUAGCGUUCUUAUUGCCGCUGUUUACAAUUGCUGUAGCGUACAGCGGUAUCUACGCAUUCCUGUGGGUGACGAGGCAUCAAGCCAGAGCUCCGCAAGUUGAACGCUACCAAAGCAAAGUCACGCAGACAUCGGCCAUGUUGGUGUUGGCUUUCACGGUUUGCUGGUUGCCUUCGUACGGAAUGACGCUAGCUCUGGUGGCGGAAGAAUCGUCAGGGGCAACGGGGAGCUCGCCGCGGUACGGGCCGUUCACAGUGUUUGCGAGACUCAUGGCCACCUCUUCGACAGUGGUGAACCCCAUUCUGUACGUGCUCAUGUCCCAGAAGUUCAGAGAGGACGUGGUGAAGCUGUUCAGAAGGAAAGGACAGGUGGACAACGGAGUGGUGGCGAUGGCAGCUGCAUAG